AUGGUGUGUGCCUAUGAUUUUUUGAAAAGAGAGAAUAUACUUACAGCUCUUCCAAUAUUUCUCAGCUGUGGCAGACCAUAUCCUCAAGGGAAUCCUGCUGAUGGGCCCCUGGAGGGAAGCAGUGCAGCCAUUCGGACACCAAGCAGAACGGAUGACACUACUCAAGUUACCUCUGAUUAUGAAACCAACAACAACAGUGAUAGCAGUGAUAUUGUACAGAACGAAGAUGAGACUGAGUGCCUGAGGGAGCCUCUAAGGAAAGCUUCUGGUUGUGGCCCCUACACGCCUGAGGCCAUGAUAUUCCUGGACAAGCCAAUUCUUGCUCCUGAACCUCUUGUCAUGGAUAACUUGGACUCAAUUAUGGAGCAGCUAAAUACUUGGAAUUUUCCAAUUUUUGAUUUGGUGGAAAAAAUAGGAAGAAAAUGUGGCCGUAUCCUUAGUCAG